AGUUAGACUUUUCUCUGAGUAUUUAAGCCAGAAGCUCAUUGAGACUUAACUUCACUUUACUUCCAGCACUUGUAUUAAAAGGAUAACUUUCGACUAACAAUUUUCAACUUCAACUUCAAACUCUUUCGACUUAAUUAUGAUUAACAUCAAGUAUAAUAUUGCUUCUUUAUCAUUGCUGGCCGUGAUUAUGGUUGUCCAAGGCACAUUAAACACUAUGUCCAACAACCAAGAGACUUCAAGUAACCUGGCUCAAGCACAUUCUGGAGCAUGGGCUGGAGGCAUGGCUAUGCCUGGAAUGAUGCCGGGAAUGAUGAUGCCUGGAAUGCUGAAUCCAUGGGAUAUGAUACGACAGACUCAACAAAUGAUCGCCAAUACAAAUAAAAAGAUCGAAGAAGACAAUGCAAAACGAAUGGCCAAAUGCCAUAUUGUGAACAAAGAUACAUUUGUGAGAAGUGGUAACACAUAUAUCAUAACCGAUUUAAGAUGUGAAGACGGUAGUACAAUUACGACUACCAGAACUGAAUUUGCCGAUGGACGAGUCACAACUAGCAGCAACUCUGGUUCUGGUUCUGGAUCAAGCUCAUCUUCAUCAAACGGUGGAUCUGGAUCAAGUUCGUCUUCAUCAGGUGGUGGAUCUGGAUUUGGAUCAAGUUCGGCAACAUCAGGUGGUGGGUCAGCACCAACUGAUAAUCAGAGCUCAAGUAGCAAUUCAAACAUCAACAAUGGGUCUGGGCCAAACCCACCUCAAACCAAUGAUGCACCCACUGGAAGUUCAGGGAAUCCUGCACCUCCACCAGCUUCAUCUGAUAAUGGUGGAGCAUCAAGUGUGGCUAGCACCUCAGGAGGAGGGGCUAUGGCCAUGUCAUCUGCAACUGGUUAGAAUGAAACUAACAAAUUAUAUGUUUACUUCAUUUUGCUUGUAUAACAGUUAUGUUCUAAUGAAAAACUCAAUAAAUUAACUUCUGAAUUCAUCA